GGGGCGGGGAGUGUGGGCCGAGGCCGCCGCCCACCCCGCUCCGCAGGCCUUAAAAUAGCGGCGGCGGCGAGUGUCGUACAGUGCGGAGCCAUGGCGGGGGUUCGUGGUGUUGUGGUGUUCCUGGCCGCGGCCCUAAUGCUUGCUGGCGCUGUUCUGGGCAGUGAGGGACGCUCCCGGCUCCUGGGGGCUCCCGUGCCUGUACGUGAGAACGACGAGGGCUUGCAGCGGGCCCUGCAGUUCGCUAUGGCCGAGUACAACAAGGCCAGCAACGAUAAAUACUCCAGUCGGGUGGUGCGGAUCAUCAGCGCCAAGCAGCAGCUUGUGUCUGGAAUCAAGUACAUCAUGGAGGUUGAGAUUGGUCGGACAACUUGCCCCAAGUCAUCAGCUGAUCUCCAGAGCUGUGAAUUCCACGAUGAGCCGGAGAUGGCUAAGUAUACCACAUGCAACUUUGUAGUGUACAGUAUUCCUUGGCUAAACCAAAUUAAACUCCUGAAAAGUUCCUGCCAGUAAGUCUCUCUCGGCUCCAGCAGUGACCAGCAACCAGUUACUCAGAUGGAGGAAAAAAGAAGCAAUAACAUGAAUCGAGAUGGGUCGUAUUGCUGCCAGUUAACUCAUACUUCUGUAUGCUUGUGCUAUGCAAGUAAAACUAUGUAAUCUUCGUAUAAAACACAGAAUGAUCUCUACUUUAUUUUUUCCUCUUUGUAGUUAUAUUUUGGAGUAGCUGUUUGUCUUCUCACAGCUUGCCCAAUAAAGCAACUCCAGUGUUGAGGAUAAAGUUGGUGUCCCUGUGAAGUGACUACUGUAAACAUUAAAACUCAAUUCACCAUU